AUGGAAGUAAAUAGCGGAAAUAGUAGUGUGAUCAGUUGCAACAACAAACGUAGUGGUAGCGACAGUCAACGACGCCAGAACGGUGAAAAUGCUAGCAAUACGAGAGAACAUUCCAGCAUUCAAAUAGGUCAGUUAUCUAAUGGCUGGGAACGCUUUUUGAAGAAUCUUCCACAUCACAGGCGACUUUCAGAAAGCGAGCAGAGUGAGCUUAUGCUUCCCCAAAUACGUAAUAUGUUUGGAGCUGAGAAAGUUAUGUGCCAACAUUAUAAGGAACGUAUGAAGACGACGGACCAUCUAGCAACGCGGUGCGAAAAAAUGUUAUUUCUCGAACGUAGAGAUCAUAGUCGAUAA